GGAGCACUUGUGCCUCUCUGGUGAGAAUAGGGUAGAGCAAGUGCCCUUGCUGAGUUGGAAGGAGCAGGGCUGGACAGCAGCAGCCCGUAGGAUCUGGGCUCUUGCCCCCGGUGUGGCAGUCCUUUGCUCUGUAUCCGCAGAAGCAGGGUCAAAGAGCAUAUUUGCUUAUUUAUUAAUUUAAUGUAAAAAAUUCCUGUUCCUGUCCCUUUGGAGCCCUCAGAGGGUUCCUUUCCAAGUCCUUGCAGUAUCAUCUUUAGCCUAGAAAGAAAAUUGUUUGGGCUGCAAUCCUGGUAAUGCAGAAGAAAGUGUGAAAGAAGCCCCAGGAUCUGGGAACAUGGCACAGCAGAGAGAUCCAACACUCCUAUGCUCUGGUUCCCACCACAGACCUCAGCUUUUCAUCAAUCGCCGCCUCUUAAUUCCCAACUUGGGGAGUUGGAAAAGCUGGUGUGAGACUGGAGAAACAAAGGGAUGGAUUAGAAAAUGAGGGGAAUAAAUUUUGGUAAUGGGAGUACAUUUAUAUGCAGUACUUUGUACUACAGUAGGGCCAGAAAGGUGGCAGUUAAGGGAGUUGGAACCCAACUGUACAUUCUGAAGGGCCCUCCAAACUCUACUCACAGGGUGAAGCUUCAAGCAACUCUGAAAGCUGGAAGAGCAGUUGGAACAAUUAGGGAGUCAGGGAGCAAGGAACCAAGGUUACAGCAACCCAAGAAAGGAAUGAUGAAACAUUUGCCGAGGAUGUAGAACAAACAGGCUACACGUUUGUAAAAAAGAGGCAUCAGGAAUUGGUAAAAGGUUGUCGGUAUUAAGAGGACGGGACAAAGACUAAUGUUUUUUCUAGCGUGGGCAACCACAAAUCGGUGGCAAUGUGUUAGUUUGGUAAAGCGGAGAAUUUGAGAAAGGAAAAUGAGCUGUUUUUGCCACGUAUAAUUUAAGAUGUCAACAAGAAGCUCGGUGUAAUAUGUAUAAUAGAACGAUUCUAUAAUAACCUGACCUAAGAAAGAAGCUACAAAAACGGGUUACUGUGACACAUACACAUUUAUGUGUCAAAUGAGUUAUCUCGGAAAAUUCCCUUUCUUCCAAUUUUUGGGAGUAUUUCGGAGUAUCUGGACUACGUUUCCCAGGAUGCCCUGCGCCACGAGUCACCUCGCGCCUCCUAAAGCGUCCCAUGAGUCUCAGGGUGAAGAAUCUAGUGUCCGCCGCCUGGGGGCGGGGCGACAUCGGACAACUGGAGCGCCUGCUUACGCAUUUCCUCCCAGGUCGGGGACCAAAUCGGCGCGUGGCGAGUUCGAGUCCCGCCUCCUGACUCUCGGCUCUUGGCCCAGAGUCCGGGGCGGGGCUCACUUAAGUAACCUCUCCUCGGCGAGGGGCAGCGGCCCAGCUUCGGCUUCACCAUGGAGGACUACCUGCAGGGUUGUCGAGCUGCUCUGCAGUUUUCCACUCACGAGGCCUCGCUUGGCCCACUGGCCUCCAGGUGAACUCCGGCGGUACCGAGGGAACCAGUGCUCAAGGCUUUAUUUCUCCAGAGCAGCGGUUUCUCUCUGGUGGGCCAAACGCGUUCUCGCGUUCUCGAUAAGAGGUUUCUUCCUUGGCCUUAAGGCACACAAAUUACAUAAAAAUCCCCUGCUUGGAAGGAGUAAGCACAAAGUGUGUUUGGAAUCAAAACUGUAAGCAUGGCUUCUGAAUGGUCUGUGGUUUAUUUUUGGUACUCUCUCAGCCAGUUAGACUCACCGGCCAUGCUGACGGCUCAUGCAGCAUUAGGCUGCUAUCCCCAGUUAGCAGCAAAAGCCUGGUCAGAGAGGGCUUCCUGAGGCCCCCUCUACACGAAGUUACACUGCUCCAGAAGAAACCUAGACAGGUGGUUGACUAUACUUCCUUCUCAAAUGCCUUAAACUCUACAAAUUCCCCCGGGGCAAUAGAUUCUGGUCUUUAAAAAAUCGUAAAAGUCACCUAAUUGGAGGAGCAGACUCAGCUGCUUCCAUAAAUGGUCUCACUAAAGAAUAGGAGUUACAGUCCAUUUUUAUACCAAUUAUACCACAUUUUUUCUUGUGAAAUACAAAUUUUGAAGAAGUUGUUUUAAUGCAUAAAGCAGUUUGGACUCAAUUAAGUUUUGGUUACAUCUGAUUCCACCACAGCCCAUUGGGGGACUAAUGUACAGGCUUUGUGGCACCAUUCUAAGUGCUAAGCUGUUGGAUUCCCCCACUCUUUACCAAAACAGUCUUUUACACUGUUUGGUAAAGAGCACUUGAACCUGAAACCUCACCAAAUAGCAUUUCUUUACAUGCAUAUAUCCAGAGGCUCCCAGUUAACAAUAUAUCUUCUCCAAUAUAUCAAAAGCAGGUUCUGCAAUAUGAAGCUGAAAAAUACUAUGGGUUGCUGGUCACCUGACCUUUCUCUUCCUUCAUGAAUCCCCCAAGAGCAAGAUCGAGGUCUUCCUUUUUCCAAACUGGUGACGGUGAGAUUGUGUCUUGGAGUUCUCAUCACAGCUAGCCAGGGCCUGGAGAAAUGAGAAAACUCGACCCUUGGAGUGUUAGUGGGUGAAAUGGUGGCAGGACAUCUAGGUAAACACUAAUAGCUUAGGUCACUUGUAUUUAUGGAAGUAGUAAAUGCACAUACGAGAAAAUUUAAAUACAAAGAGGAUAUAAAAUAGAAAAGAAAAAGAUCCAUUUUCUUUUCUCUUUUUCCCCCAUCUAAUUCCAUAGGUUUCUUGUGUAAAGAAAGACAUGAUUUAGAUGGAGACACUGUUAAAUUUGAGGGUUUCUGUUAAGCUAUAUAUAGUAUAGCUUUCAGGGGAUCAGGAACGCUUGACUUUUGCACAGGAUAGAGACAGCUGAUAAGCCAGCCAAGUCUGUCGAUACCAUAUUUUUAGCAUUUGAUACCAGAGACACUUUCAGCAGUCUCUGCCAGAGUGAUUAUAGGAUGUUCUAUUUUUUUUUUCUAAUUCUGUUUAAGUGUCGUAUUUGUGGUGACUCGUCUUUCACUUAUAGAAAAACCUUUAUGGUGGAGCUGCGUUCAAGUUUAGACGUUCAUCCAGGAGCCUUUGGAUGAUCUGUGUUUUCUGCUCUUUUCAGGCAUGAGGCAGUAAUCAGGAGUAGCCUGCAGUCUUUAGAAAUUAGAGGCCCUGACACUGGUUCCAUUUUCUCCCUGGGAGGGCUUCUCAGUCUCUGGCUUCUUGUCUCCAUUUUUCUUUUGUUUUUUUGUCUCCCUCAUUCACUAUUUUCAGACCAUAUUCAGCUUCAGAAGGGAAAUGGCUUACUGUGCCAACCCUAGAGACUACCUCUACCUCCCAACCAAGCCAUAAAAAAAAAAAAAAAGCCAUAGACAAAGAAAAUAUCAGGACAAGAGUCAUUCCUACUAGUGGGUCUUUUUUUCCCCUUUUUUUAAGAAAAAGUUUAUAUUGAUUUGUGGGCUCUCAGAUUGUAUUUUUUCCAUCUGCCACUCAGGUUUUCUCAUGCUGCUAAGUAUAGUUGUAUUUGCUCUGAACUCUUCCUGUGAUGGGCAUAAAACUGAGGCUCUUUGGGUUGUGUUUUCAGCUGGUGGGGGGUGGGAUGGGGGCUGAGCUAUUUGUGUUUUCCUAAAUGAAGAAGAGAAUGGGCAACUAUACACCUGGUUUGGCCAAGACAGUCUUAGUUUACUCCAGCAUAAUCAUUAGUAGCACUCUCAAAAGUGUCCAGUUUGAAAGACAAGUAUAUAGUCGCCCAACUCAAAAGCCAGGAUAAGGAUUUGGGAUACAAGCCAGUAAAGAAAUAGUGAGCCCCUUAAGGUAGAAUUUAAGUGCCAUAUGACAGCCACAAGUGGUGGAAGCUGAAGGUUAGAGCAAGAGAAUUUCUCUGGCCUGGGUGGUCAGAGAAGGCUUCACAAAGAACAGGGAUUUAGGUUGGGCUUGAAUGGACAGAAGGAGCCCUGGUGCCACAGUUGUUAAAGUGCUUGGCUGCUAAACAAAAGGUCGGUGGUUCAAACCACCAGCAGCUCUGUGGGAGAAAGAUUUGGCAGUCUGCUUCCAUAAAGAUUAAAACCAAACCCGUUGGCAUUGAGUCGAUUCUGACUCAUAGCGACCCUAUAGCAACCCCAUAGGACAGGGUAGAACUGCCCCAUAGAAUUUCCAAGGAGCAGCUGGUGAAUUUGAACUGCCGACUUUUUGGGUAGCAGCUGAGCUCUUAACUGCUGUGCCACCAGGGCUCUGUCUGUAAAGAUUACAGUCUUGGGAACCCAAUGGGGCAGUUCUACUCUGUCCUGUAAGGUCACUAUGAGUCGAAGUUGACUCAAAGGCAACAGGUCUGGUUUCUUGGGUUUUUAUUGAAUGGACAAAGAAGGGUAGAGAAGGAAGAUGGAAAGGAACUACUGUUUACAGAGCAGGCACCUGUGUGCUGCCUCAUUUCAUCAUCAUUACUCCAUGAAAUUGGUUACGGUACUAUCCUCAUUUUUGCAUGAGGAAAAUGAGGCUUAGAAAGGCCAAAGUCCCAGACCAAUAAGAAGCAGAGCGAAGAUUGAACCCCAAAGCCUGUGAUCUUUUCAAACGGCGCCUCUGCUGCCUUCAGGAAGGAAGAACAAAUAGUGCAGAAGGGCAGAGCUGGGAAUGUGCACAUCAUGUUUUGGGGGUGGUGAAUAAACCAGUCAGUUUGGGUGAUAGUGGGUGCUGACGGGGGAAAGGAAUGCCACCACCUCCCUUGGUCACCCUUGUGCCAAGACUUGCUAGGAGUUCCUUUUGUUUUACUGCCUUAUAGUUGCUGUCUGGGCUUUGCUGAGCGCAAGGGGAAAGCUAGUUAUUCACCUUCUAUUAGGGAUUAUUUCUCCUCACCUCAGAGCCAUGAAGUUGUAUUUGGUGACUACUUUCUGCUUAGCUUUCUCUUGAUCUUGGGUAUCUGACUGAUUUUGAUUUAGCAGUCGCUUGGGAUGAAGCAGCACUAAUCUCAGUGAGUUUUGGAAGGUUCUCUGAGGGCACCUUUGUGUCCCGCAAUAGGUCUCCUCCUUUUGUUCUGCAUUUUCUCUGUUCCUCUCACCUUCUUUCUCCAGAGUCAGGGACAUAUGGCCUCUCGUGUUUGUAUAGGUACUUCUCUAGAGAACAUAGUGCCCCCACUUAAUGCUUCAGUGAGCGAGUUAUCUCUGCAGCCACUUAUCUCAAGUGCUUUUCUGUCACUUUGGACCUCAGCCAUCUGGGCAGUUCUUGGUAUCCAGGAAACAGAGAGGGCCUUCUCUGGUAUCGGGAGGAGGAAUUGCAAGUGAGAGAGGUUAUUAUAGGACUGGGGUCUUGGGUACAGAAUUCUCUUAUUAUGUUGGAAAAAGGGUUUAAUGUUGAAAAAGAAUGUCUCCUCCCCUGUGCUGUUCAGUAUGCAGGGGCCUUAGCUGCCCCACUCUUGAAAUAGGCUUAGAGAAAUGGAUGCAGGGGAGAGCCUAAGCAUCGACUUCCCCCGGGGGCUCUUUGCCCCAAACCCUAAAGAAUAGCCUCUGCCUUUUAUACUUCUCUAGUGGGAAUAGGACAUGUGUGAGAGAGUGGUUUAAAAACAAAAGCCUGUCUAGUAACUAGAUAAAAAUAACUAGAUAGGGCAACUUAUUCCACCAGAAGUCUUCUAAAAUUGCCCCUUUCUGGCUGUGGCUGUCUGGUUUGGGGGAGGAGGGGUGGCCUACACAGGGAAGACGAUUCUAGGUUUCCCUAGAUUCUCUUUAUUUCCUAAGGUUACAUUCCCUUCUGUGUUUUUCUCCUCUGAACUGCCUUCCCACUUUUCUAAACUCUUCAUCUAGCAAAUGUUCCUUUAUUGAAAAAGCUGGUGUGUAUGGAUUUUUACCUUUUUAUAACCAGUAGUUCUCAGCUAGGGACAAUUUUGCCCCCUAGGGGACAUUUGGAGCCCUGGUAGCACAGUGGUUAAGAGCUCUGCUGCUAAGCAAAAGGUCAGCAGUUCAAAUCUGCUGGCUGCUCCUUGGAAGCCUUACAAGGCAGUUCUACUCUGUUAGGGUUGCUAUGAGUUGGAAUCGAAUAACAGCAACUUUUUUUUUUUUUUUUUGAAUACAUUUAUGUGUUGUUGCUAUUAACUGAUGUUGAGUCGGCCCCAGACUCAUGGGGAAGGUGUUGGUUAUAUCUGGUUAUUGCUGAGGCUUCUCAGUGUAGGGUGAGUUUUCAUGGACAACUUGAUAAGUGACUAGAUCUUGUUUUCACCCUUAUAUUCAAAGUCUCUUCACCUAGACUCAUGAUUUAGAAGUAUAAGGAUUUUUGUCUCUGUUUUGAAAAUGGGAAAAGCCAGAAUUGAUAUGCCCAAGAGCAUGGCUUUGUUAACAAAGCAGCUACCCCAAAUGCUCUACCUUUGACUUCUCUUCAAGUGUCCAAAGAAACAUCAGAAAUCAUAGAGUUAUUUACAGCUGUUUUUCUGUAAGUUAGCAUUUAAGGAGACUGUAACAGAGAGGAAAGAACAUUUUUCCACUAACUGGGUAUUUGACUUAGCUAAACUGCGUAUGUUCUCUCGAGGUUCUCUGACUUAUCUCCUCCAGGAAGAUCGAUGAGAGGAUGUGUGUGAAGCCCUACAAGAGUAUAAAGUAAGUGGGAAUUGGUAGAGAUACUUUUGUUAGUUUCCCACUCUCCUAUCUCUCCAGGAGUCCCGACCUCUACAUGUUGUACUGGGAAAUGAAGCCUGUGACCUGGACUCCAUGGUGUCUGCUCUCGCUCUGGCUUUUUACCUGGCAAAGACUACGGAGGCUGAGGAGGUCUUUGUGCCAGUUUUAAAUAUAAAACGUUCCGAGCUACCUCUACGAGGUGACAACGUCUUCUUUCUUCAGAAGGUUCACAUUCCAGAGUCCAUCUUGAUUUUCCGGGAUGAGAUUGACCUCCAUGCACUACACCAGGCUGGCCAGCUCACCCUCAUCCUUGUUGACCAUCACGUCUUACCCAAAAGCGAUACAGCCCUAGAGGAGACAGUAGCAGAGGUGCUAGACCAUCGGCCCAUCGAGCAGAAACACUGCCCUCCCUGCCAUGUUUCAGUCGAGCUGGUGGGGUCUUGCGCUACCCUGGUGACUGAGAGAAUCCUGCAGGGGGCACCAGAGAUCUUGGACAGGCAAACUGCAGCCCUUCUGCAUGGAACCAUCAUCCUGGACUGUGUCAACAUGGACCUUAAAAUUGGAAAAGCAACCCUGAAGGACAGCAAAUAUGUGGAGAAACUGGAGGCUCUCUUCCCAGAUCUCCCCAAUAGAAGUGACAUCUUUGAUUCCCUGCAGAAGGCAAAGUUUGAUGUAUCAGGACUGACCACUGAGCAGAUGCUGAGAAAGGACCAGAAGACCAUCUACAGACAAGGCACCAAGGUGGCCAUUAGCACAAUAUAUAUGGAUUUGGAGGCCUUUCUGCAGAGGUCUGGCCUCAUUGCAGAUCUCCAUGCCUUCUGCCAGGCUCACAGCUAUGAUGUCCUGGUCGCCAUGACUAUCUUUUUCAACAUGAACAACGAGCCAGUGCGGCAGUUGGCUAUUUUCUGUCCCCACGUGGCGCUGCGAAUGACGAUCUGCGGAGUCCUGGAACGCUCCGAUGCUCCAUCCCUGAAGUUAACUUCUAUCCCAAGCACCCAUCCUAACCUCCAAGCCUAUCUUCAAGGCAACACCCAGGUCUCCCGAAAGAAGCUCCUGCCUCUGCUCCAGGAAGCCCUGUCAGCAUAUUUGGACUCCAUGCAGAUCCCUGCUGGGCCACCUGAAAUAGUGGGUGUGUCCAGGGAGCAGGUGGACAAGGAAAUGAACAGGGCAGGUAACUCCCUGAUUCCUGGAGUGAGUCAAGAUGAGGAAGACCCUCCAUUGCCCCCAACACCUAUGAACAGUUUGGUGGAUGAGUGCCCUCUGGAUCAGGGACUGCCUAAGCUCUCAGCUGAGGCCAUCUUUGAGAAAUGCAGCCAGAUCUCGCUGUCACGGUCGACCACCGCCUCCCUAUCAAAGAAUUGACUGUUGGGAGGGGAGGGGAGAAUGGGAAAGUUUCUUAACCCACUUCAAAUGCAUGUUUUGAGAUGUUUGGAGAUUUCAGCAACUCUGUCUUCAUUGCUCCAGGAUCUGGUGUAUUGUUCUCAUAAAAGCCGGGAGGAGGAAGAAGUAAAAGAAAGCAGCUGCUUUAAAAACGGCUUUCUACCUUCCCCUCAAUCUCUACCAAUCAAACAGAUGUUAUUAUUUAGUUAUUAUUUAAUUUUAUUCUUUAAAUCUGCACUGACUUUUCUCUAUUUCAUUACCCAGGGGCACAAUGCAAUACACAUACAGUGCCAACAGAAUGGGACAAAAAGAAUGUGUACCCCCAGUGUGGCCUCAGCAAGGAUCUUGAACAGAACUAAUGUCAUAUAGAGCCGUACAAUCAUUGAUUAUCUCCAUUUUAUUCAUUUAUUUGUGUACUCAUUCAAAUAUUUAUUGAAUACCUACUUGAAUCUAGAUAGAAAGUAGAAUGAGACUCUUGCUCCAGUUUUCAGCCUUUAGCAGAUUUCCCAUUCCAUGACUCUUCUUUCUGCCCUCAGUUAGUUAAUGGUGUUUGAUUCAGAGAUGGCUGAAUUUCCAUUUCUGACCUUGCUGUGACUCUUCUAGAUCUUGUUUGGUAGCAGAUUGGAGGCCAUUAUCUUCCAUCCUAAUCAGGUGGCCUGACUCUCAGGUUCUUUAGCUUAUUCUGUUCCAGAGCCACAGGAACCCUGAAGACCCCUGGUUCUUGAGAGUCCAGCAGGCACCCAGGAAGGCCAUUAGAUCUCAUAGGCAUUCUUCCCAAAAGACAACAGAACUGGAAUGAGAGCCCUGGCUCUGUUCCCUGCCUUAGCAGGUCUACCACUUUCUUGUCCAUCUCUUUCUCUUCACUUCUUGCUCAUAUUAAAAGACAGCAUGGAGUAGCUGGAUUCUAAUACUGACUGCCAUGACUGUGUGUCUUUUGGCAAGACACUUCACGUCUCCGGAUCUGACUUUGCCCAUCUGUAAAUUAAAGGUUUGGAUUAGAUGUUCUCUGGUAUUCUGUGAUCUGCCUCUUGCUGCCAUCUUUUCUUUCUUCUGCUUCUCUGUAUUUUUCUUCUGUCUUCUCUGGGAAUGGCCAGGGUCACUGAGUUGUGUGUAUUUAUGUGUGAUCAUACCAAGGGACUUGGCCUCAUGUAGCAUGUUCAGAAUUAUGACUCACCAUAGCGACCCAACAAAGAGCUCUCUCCCACUGAUUUGUUCUGCAUGCGUAAAGUCUCCCUUUUUUCUUUAGACCAAGUCAUCCCUCCUUGUCUUACCCCACAGCUCUAGUCCAUGUAGGUUGCCAACAACUUCACUGAACAUUAGUGUAUCGGAUGGUUUUGGCAUGACAUCUUCUACUGUGAGGGGGACAGUCUGAGUUCACUUUGAAGGGAUGAUGUCUGUAGUCAUUUGGAAGGUAAAAAUAGUGGUGUAAUCACUGAACCAAAGGAAUUUAUGUUUUGUAACUUGGGUACUUUAUUUUGCAUUUUGUUAAAGUAUUAAAUAUUCUUUUCCUGUUUGGGGUCUUAUUGUCUGUUUUUACCACUGUAAUGAGGCCUUUCCCUCUGAUAAUUUUUCAGCCUCCUAAAGACUCAUACCCCCUCUUCCUCCUGACAACCCCUUUUGGGAAUAAGGAGCAGCAGGCUUCCAUCUCCCCUCAUCCUCAGCCUUUAAUUUGUUUCUUCUUC